AUGGUGAGAAAAUUAUCCUCCUUUAAGCCCAUUUUUUCCAAGAAAUGUUAAUUUUAGCACUUCCUCAGGAUAAUUUGACUGUUCCAGUACCCUGCGUAGGACUAAGAUAGGUUCUGACGUUUGCAAUGCGAAAUAAUUCGAUCAUGUACAUUGCAUAUAGAUUGCAUUUUUUGUAGACAAUUCGCUUGAUUAUUAGUUGACAAGCUGAAAUGCAAUGCAUUGCUAAGCUUUAGUAUUAUAUUAUACAUUAUGCUCCAACUAAUUGAGAUGCUGAAUGUGACCUGCUGCCGAUUCAGACGGCCCAGCUCAUGCAGUUAAUGUUAUAAAUCCUACAUGUCAGCAACAUGUCAGCUGUAACAAAUCAAAGUGGCGUAACCCCUUUCUCUCCUAAAAUUCAGUGAGAUUCAGUAUCUUAACUGUCGCUUUUAUCUCCAUAAAUUUGCGACAAUGUUCGUGAGAUUUUUUGCCCCAAUAUGAUAUAUAUAUAUUUUUUAAUUUUUGUCGAUUUUCCCCGGUCUGCUUGACAUUGUUCACAUUUAUCUGCAUUUGAGGAGAAGUUAUUCUUUGAUCACAUAUUAGAGUAAGGGAAUUGAGUUUAAAUCUUCAUUGUCUAAUAUUUAUGAUGAACUUGCAUAAAUUUAAGUUGAUUUUCCAGUAGUGACUCUUAAUUUUCUGACUCUCAAACACCCAUAAAUUGGUGACCAAAUCAGUGAAUUGCUUUUUAACUGUUUUAUUGAAUCCUUUAUACAAAAAGCCUCCUAAACCGCCUGCUAAGGGAAAGAAGAGUGCAAAACUCUCAAAAGCAGAGAAGGAGAAGUUGAAGAAAGAAGAAGCAGAGAGGAAAGCCAGAGAAGAGGGUAAGAGAUGUACUUCAGUAAUUAACAGAGAGUCCUUGGCAUUUUAGGGUAAAAUUUCCACUUUAAAAUUUCCAUUUUAGGGUAAAAAAUCCCACCGACACAGCACCACAGUUUCUUUAGAAACUUACCCCUUUAUAAUUAUCACUAAGUGUGCUGAAAAGGAAAUGGCCCAAAUGGGACCCUCAUGCAUUCCGGCCCUGAGCUAUACUGUAAUUCCCAUGGGAAAUCCUUAAAUUUUAAGCCAAAGUUAUUAAUAUAGUGGCCAAUCCUAGAGAACUGUUGUAAUUGCUUAGACCUUCACUACAGUUUGCAGUUUACAAUCAAGACAACAAAAUACCAUUUCUAUUUUAAGAGGAGGCACGGCUUCAAGCUGAACAAGAACAAAGAGAACGAGAAGAAAGAGAAAGACAAGAAAGAGAGGAAAGAGAAAGACUAAGACAACAGGUUAGACUAGAAAAUGGAAAAUUAAUUCUCCACUUAUGUACGAAUUAAGGAAGAGUGCAUUGGACCUCUUCAGGAGUUUAAUGAUUCACUGAGGUGAACAAAUUUCAAUGCAACUCAUCACCAUUGAUGGUGUUUGAAUUAUAAUACAAACUCGAUGAAAUAGGAACAUACUAAAUGAAUGGUAAAACUAAAAGUAAUGUUAAAGUAAGAAUUAUGAACCAAAUAAUUGAGAACCUGAGGAAUUUCUAUGAUUUUGCAGCUCUGAAAUAAUUUUUUUUCUUCACUGAAUGGUCUUGUUACAGGAGAGUGCAAGACACCAGGCAGAGGUGGAUGAACUCAAAGAGAAGAUUGAAAACAAUUCGCAACAGUUGAAAAGCUUACAAGAAAAUGAGCGUGCAAAGGCAAAGGUUGGUGGAAAUAAAAAAAAAUUGUUGCUUGAAAAGCAAAGAGGGAGUGUAAUCAGUGUUAAAAAAUAAUACAAUAGUGAGCUUGUUGCUCAUUCAAAUUAAUCAUUAAAAUUAUUCAGGACCACCCUCAACUCUCCUUGAAAAAAAAAGGUUAUUUUUUGUUCCUUCUAUCCUUUCUCUCUCUUUUGUAAUCAAACUCCAUCUUUCUUUAGCUUCCUUCAGCUUUCCCUUAUUCACUUUCAUACUCUCACCUCUACCCCUUUUCCCAUUAUUCUUUGUACUCCAACCCAUUUUUAUUUCAAUCUUCCCUCCUCCUCACUCACAUUUCAUUCAUCUUGAACUACUCUCCUUCCACCUUCAAGUUAACUAAAUGUUACUUCUUUUUUUUUUCUUCUGUGCUUAAUUUAUGGAUAUUGUAUAAAAACAGCUACCUGCGUGUAGAUAUAAGUUUUUUUUUUGCCUUAACAGUGGGAGAGGUACAUGCUGUGUGAUGGAAACCCUGAUCCUCUGAAUACCCGUGAUCUGAAUACUUUUGUGAACCUGUGGAGAGAUGAUAAAGAAUACAAACCCUUUCCAGUUGUACUCAGUGAGGGUGAAAACACUUUAAAGGUAAAAUAGAUCAGAAUUUCUGCAAUGAUGUAUUAAAACUACAAUUCAGUUGUGUGUAUUACUCAGGAGAAGAAACUGUUGGCCAGUUGUUCUCAAUGAUUUAUCGGCACUGAUCAGUUUGCUGAAAAAAGUUUAUAAGAAAAUUAAAUGGAUACAUAUCAUUAUUUUACAGCUUAUAGAAGAACUUGAGGGUUUUCUAUCAAAUUCAGAAGAUGAGGGUUUUACAGAGGAUGAUGUUCAAAGGCUUAAACAGGUUGAUACUGUUUUUGAUAUCAUUCUACUUUCAGUAUUAUAACAUAGCUAGUAAAUUUGUCUGACCAAAUUCAAUUGCGCAAGCGUGCUUCAUAUUCCUAUUGUGCACACUCAUGAUGUCAGCAAACAAAUCCCUCUAAAAAAAAUUUUCAUCAGGUUGAAAAUGUUAUAAAACAAUUGGUUCAUAUGUCAGCUGUGCAUUCAUCGAGAUAUGAAGCACUUGGGAAGUUUGGAGAGCACUCAAGAACAUCUAGCAACUCCAGCAUCUUUCGUGCUCUCCAAACUUCCCAUGUGCUUCAAAUCUCGAUGAACGCACACUGAUGUAAAAACUAAUUGUUAAUUGUAUUAUCAUUGCAAUUCAUUAAAUAUAAACAAAAGUCACAUAGACUAUACAUGCUUGUUCAUGAUUGUCUGUGAUCAAGGAGUGGCCUAGGGGCUAAAGAUGCACAGAGUGUCAAAGUGUACCUGCCAACAAGGUGGACUGAAUAAUACAAGAGUUUUGUUGAUAACCUGAUUUUAGUCAGACUCCUGAAGGAGAUAGUUCCUGAAGAGUUCCACAAAGUCUUGACACAACUAUAAAUUUCAGCUGUUAAGGUUACUAUUCCAUAGCUCUCACUUAGAAAUUAGUAACACCAGAUUAGCAGAUAAACAGCCAAUAUUUAAUUUUUGAGAAGAAGGUGGACAGUAGGUCCUGCAUGGACACACACUCUUCCUUUCCCUUCUGAUGAGAGAGAGGCACAUGUAAAUAUAAGUGACCUGGACUGUGUGAAAACAAGGCUCGUUGAUAUGUUUCCUUUUUUCUUCACUGUACUCAAGACAUUUAGCUUCCAAUAUUUGAUGAUGGUAUAAAUUGUACUCUUUUACAGUCAGUGAUUAAACUUCAAGAAUUGAUAAGCUAUAAGUUGGAUGAGGCAACCAUGAAUCUUCUGCAGGUGACUAAUUACAGCAGCUGUGUCUUUUAGAAAUGAUCAGCCUUAAAAUUCCUUUUGCUAUUUAAUUAGACCAUCAAAGAGACAGGUAAUGAGAAUUCAGAAAAUCAAGAUUAGCAAACAAAGAAAUGUUUUGUCCUUAAUUAAGAGAAGUGUCUAACAGAUACAAAAAGUUGACAGGUGAAAAGUUUGUCAGUUUUAUAGGAACUGAGAAGGAGUGUUCUGAACCACUCAUCACAAGAGUAAAUGAAACCACAUGUAAACAUUCUAAUAAUUGUUAAAUAUAACAAAUUAAAAUUCUACACAGUUUAUGUCCAUUAACUCAACAGUAACAAUAUGAUCUAUCCUAGAAUGCUUCUGAUGAUGUAGAUCCUGAUACUCAAAAUUUACAGUAUAUGAGUGCAUCAGAAAACAUAACGGUUUGUGUCUGGGGAAACAUAGCCAAGAAUCCAAGGUUUGGUGCAUUUUUUUUUUUUUGUAGUAGACCAAAACUUGUAAGCCUUUAUAGAUUUUUUCCAACAGUCUGAUCAUUUAAUUAACUGAUUCUUUUGUCUAAAUCAAGUGUUAAUUUAUUAUUUUAAUUAAUACUUAUAACUGAUUACAGAAUGAGCGAUUAUGGUAAACUAUCUAUUUUCUACCCAGUAAUCAUGUGCAAAGUUUCUAGUGAUAAAUAGUUAAUACUGAUAAGAUAUAUAUAUUUUUUGCUUUAUUUUGCUCCAGAGUGAAGUCAUUUUCAUUUGAGAAAAUGGGAUUUACAAUGGACAUUCCAAGAGUUAUUUCCAUUGGCAGUAUGGCUGUUCGUGUCAUGUACACUAAGUAUGAUCAUCUAUCACCGUUGUCCAAAUCUUUCCAUCCAAAGCUAAAGGUUAAGCCUCCAGAAGUUGUCGUAGAUGAAGUUGUUCCUGCAGAAGAAGCUGAUGGAGAAGGGGUGAUGUUCUUUUUUUUGUUUUGUUUUGUUUUGGACAGUUCUAAUAAAAUGAUUUUAGCUAUAACUAAGCCUAAAAGCAAGGUUUCAGAUUUAAACCAAAGAUCCAACUAAUUAUCAGUGAAGUUGUAUAUAUUUAGUAUUCUGAUUAUAACUGACCAAUCAUUCCUUGACCCUAUAACCCCUCAGAGAGACUAGCUUCCAAUUUGUCUUUACAAUAUCACCCCAGGAUCCAACAUUAAGGUCACAAGAAUAAGGGAAAUGAUCAACAAAUUAAGAAGCUCCUGAUCAUUGAGCAAAUUCUUCUUAUCAGCACCUUAGGAAAUGUCAAGGGGACAGUAUCGAGAAUAUGCAUACUGAUGUUAGGAUGAACAAGGUUACAUUAUGUUGAAUUUUUUAAAUCACAGUACAGGACAGUGUGUCCUUUGUUCUAAUUGCAUUAUUUGUGAUGCAACAGGCAGGUGAAGGGAAUGAAGGAGCAGAUAAGGAAGGAGUAGAUGACACACUUGAGGCCAUGCCACCUAAAUCUGCAUCACAAGCGAGCCGAUCUAGUAAAGCAAGUAGGAAAAAGGUGAGCAAAAAAUUAAAGAUAACCAUUACAUUUCAAUCAAAUGUGAAGUCUUGAGGUUACACUAUGUUUUUAUUUGUUAAUGACAGCCUAGGUCAGUUCAACAUGAAUUUAAAACUGCUUCAACAAAAAGUUAUUACAUAUUAUUUAAAAUUAGUUAGGUGUUGUGAGAUCUUGCAACUAAUGAGGUUAACUAUUUUUUUAUAUAUAAUUACAUCCCCUCAGAUAUCCAUUAAACAGAUUUAAUCAGCUUAUAUGAAAAAUCAGCCUUUGCUAAAUAUAUUAAAUGAAACUAAAAAUUGUGUAAAAUUAAGGUGUGAAUAGAGGGUCUCUUACUUUCUUUGAUUUCUUAGUAUUUUGAUGGAGUGAAAUAAUCUUUAUUGUUUGUGAUUUUCUGUAUGUGUUCAACAGAGUGGAAGAGCCAGUAGUGGUAAAAGCAGUCGAAGUCGUAAAGCCAGUGCAAAGAGUGUAAGAAGUCAGGUCAGUGAAAAUGAGACUCAGCAGGACAAAGAGGGUGAAACUAAAGAGGGAGAGCAAGAUGGUAUGAUAUACAUUUUGUUUCCACAACUCAUUAUAUACCGUAUUAUUUUAGAAAGCACUUCUGUAUUGUUAAUUUAAUUUUUUUGCAUUUACAAGACUUAGUUCAAUGCUUAGUUGUGAGAGGUUCUAACUGAGUGCAGUGUUUAUCUAAAAAUCUUGAUAUUUUAGACAAGAUCUGCAUUUCCAGAAAGAGGGCUAAGUUAUGGUUGCCACUUAUCACUAUUUUAGCCCACACAUGCAUCCUUCAUUUGGGGGCCAUGCUAUAUGCAAUAGAUGGGACAAUCCCAAGGUCAAAUUGAAAUGAUCUUUGUUAAAUUAUGCAACAAAUUCUUACUUUUUUUGGUAGAUGAGGUAUUUGUUGAAUGAAAAUUUUAUGUAGUACAUGAUUUUCUUGUUAGGUGAAGGAGGGGAAGAAAAUCGUGCAUCUACUGAUCAAACAUUGGAUGAGGCUGCUGGGGCAGGUUUGGAAGGUGGAAUAGAGGAAGAAGAGGAAGAAGAUGAUGAUGUUGUAGACCUAAGAGCAUUCAGUGCCAUUGGCCCUGUCAUGAUUAUUGAACUGUUAGAUCUUCCACCACAGCCAAAACUUGCGAAUGGGUGGAUUAUGCAGCAGAGUAAGGGCUCUUACAAUUAUUUCUUUAUUGCGUAGUUAAUUAAAUUUUAACCAAGAAAAUACACAGUGUAUGUAGGCCAACUCUCUAUCCCUACUUACUUGUAUUUUAGAUAGAAGUGAUACCCAAACACAAAUUAUUGUCUUCAAAAUCAAAGUUACUGAAGUGCAGCUUGAGGUGUAUUGCAUUUCUCUUAGUAGUUUACAAAGUUAGAAAAUCUUUUGCCUUUUGUCAUGUUAGUUGUAUCAUCAGAACUCAAAAGAGUCAAUUAUCAAGUUGAAGGGCAGACUCCAGCAGAUACAAACUCGACAACAAGUACCCCUGCUCCACCAAACUCUGCAUCGGCCACACAGCUGCAAGCAACCAACCCUCCAGUGAUGAUCACCUGCAAGUGAGUUUGACAGUACUUCUGUAUGAACUUCCAGUAAUGUCAUAACCAAAAAGGCUCCUUACUCCCCUUUGGCAGUGUAGAAGAGGGUAACAUUGGCUGGAGUAAAUAGGUGUUUUGUAUUUUUCCUAUGUGUUAGGCUUCCAGGAGAUGUUAUGUAUUUUGAGCAACCUCAGCUGGCACUGUGGGACUCCAUGAAGAACAACUGGAGGCUUGAUGCAUUUGCAGACUCCCAAUAUAAUGAAGGUUUGCAAUGAUGAUACAAACAUUAUAAUAACAUAAACUUGCCCUCUAUAAUUAUUCAUUUUUGACAACAACACUCUAGGGUAAUAAGUCAAUACUGGUUUAAUUAAGUACCAGUAACAACUGGCAGAAGUGGAUUCACAGCAGUCACUUUUGAAUUUAUAAUAAUAAAAGAAUAAAAGAAAUUUAAACAAACCUACAAGUCAUUAACAACCAGGGUAAUAUCAUAUAAAGUCUUAGAGAAAAAAAAUUGAACAAAUGCAAGAAUGAAAGAGAGCUAAGCUACUGGACUGUGGGUCAAUGAGGCUUGCAAAGAAAAACUUAGGAUGUUCAUGUAUCAUCUUUAUCUUUUGACAGAGGAAAGGACAGUCGUAUUCAAGAUGUCUACCUUUGGGCCCAUUGCUACUUUUCAGGUAUGAUUAAAUUUGUGAAUGAUCAUUUUUAGGAGUAGUUUCAGCAUAUAGGCUUAGAUGGUUCUUUUUUGUAAGCUCAUUAGUCAGAGCAAAUUUCCUCAACUAGAUUUCAAAUAAGAAAGAAGAGAAAAAGUUUCUUGAUUUUCAUGAGGAAGAUUUAAAUGAAGACUGAAUAAUUUGUAUACUCUUUAUUGAUAUCCAAAAUUCUCUACCUUAUAAAUUUGUGAUGAUUAUGUUCUAUUUUUGUUAUUUUUACAGGAUCUUUAUCUGAACAUGCCAUUUCAGUCAUGGGAGCUACGUCCUCAUGCCACAAACAGUUGCCUGUUUACACUCAUUGCUGCCAUCAUUGAACUGGAAAUUGAAAUUAAGGUUAGCACAUACUAGUAACAGGUAUUUUUAAAGAAAAGAAAAAUGGUACCAACAUAGUAACUUACAAUAGUCUCUGCCUCAAUCUGUUGUAAAUCUUUUAAUUUUGAUUUAAAACACAAGGUGUUCAUCAGGCCCAGAAUAUUUUUAGGAUUUCAUCCCUGACUGUGAAGCUAGUUUAUUUAUUUCAAUUUGAACUGCUUUCAAUUUUUUUCAGGAUUCUUUGUGUUCACUGACACAGCCAAAUGAUGUCUCAGAGCUUUCUCAUUUGAAGGGAAAGUGGAUGAAGCCACAUAAGUUGAUUGAGGUAUUUUUUAUUAGAACCAUAGUAACAAUGUGAUACAUUACUUUUAGCAUAGCAUGAAGAGAGUAUGGCAGGUACCAUAAACCUUGGGAUUCCUAACUUACAGUACAUCUAGUGUUGUUUAACAAUCCUCUUUAUGGCUUGAAACUUAAUAUUCUGUACUCUUCAGCUCCCAUACUAAUUCCCAUCAAGUUCCCAAUUUCUUGGGGAAUUUCCCUCUAUCCACAUCCCUCUACUUCAGUCACUGUCCAGUGAAUGUUGUGUUAAUUAAUUGUUUGAAAGAGCUCUAGAUUAUUGGACUGACCAAAUCUGUAUACAGGCCAUGCAAAAGGCAGGAGUGAAUGUCUUUCCUGCAGUUGAUGCAGAGAAGUAUGUCAGCUUAAAUUCCAAGGUACCUAUAUGUUGUGGAUAAUUGCUUCUGGUGUCAUUUACAGUGCUGUAGUAAAAGCUCUUUCCUGCAGAAGAGUUUUUACUUAAUGCAACAUCUAGCAUUAUUUUUUUUUACUUGUUCAUGGCAUUUGAUUGAUGAGAUGCAGACGCUCUGUUUUGCAAAAAAAGGGUCAUAUUCUUUAGUAAGAACCUAAUGCAGCACUUCUUAUUUUAAAAAUAGCAGCUGAGAAUUUAUUUUUUGAUGUUUUUAAAAUGCAAUGUGGAUUCAAAAGAGGAUAAAAGCUAUGGUUGCAGUGAGGACACAAAAAUUGUAUCUUUUAAUGUGUAGUUCUGUGUUUAAAAGCAUGAAACAUCCUUCAAUUAUAGGAAGACUGGCUGGAGAACAACAUUUACCAGGAAAUGGCAUUGACAGCAUCAGCAUUUGCUUAUACAUGGAGUAAAUGGAAUGCUGAUUGUGGCAAAGAUAAAAUUAUCAUACAAGCUGUUGAGCAGCUGAAAGAUGAACAGCCUCUAGAGGUAGUUCGAAUCUUUUUUCAGACUUCAACUCAUCUUCACAUUUUCCUGAACAAAUUUUUUUUAAGGUGGCUCCAAAAAAAUUAAUAGUCCUGAAGCCUGUUUCUCAAAAUUCCAGGUAACUUAGUGGGCCCUUAAAGCUGUUCUAUCUUCAUUUUAGAUGUGGGUUUCAGAAUUUUUGGGAAUUAUACAAUAGAAUUUUCAGCUAAAGACACAAAAUUGACUGGUUAGGGUGCCAGAACCUGCUCCUCUAUUCGUUAAAUUUUGAUAUUCAGAUAUGGCUUUGGCUGUUAAGUUACCGGGACUUUCAAGAAACUAGCCUCAGAAUUUCUUAUGUUCUUCUUCAUAGCAGCUGGAAGUUAAUCUUGAAAAAUAGUUUUCCUAAGAUAGCAUCUAGAACUUCAGUAGUACGGUGAGAAUUUCUGAUCUUGAUUUACAACCCAUUGUGAGCUCCUCAAUCAAGAACAACUUUUAGAAUCUCUGGUUUGCCAUUAUCCCCAAAUUAUAUAUAUAAAUGAUGAAACUUUGUUCCUUGCCUUCGGCUGCCAAUGCUUUUUGCAGUAUUUGUUAUGAAUAAUAUCCUUCUUCAGUCUAUGACACAGUUUUAUUUGUUUUUUGUAAAAUAGGAGGAUUGGUCAUUGUUUAACAUAGGAACACAUAGCUCCUGUAAGCUAAGGAUGAAAGAAGAAGACAGUGAGCUUUCUCAUGACAUUGCUGAAAAUACUCAGGUGUGUUUGUCAGUUUUGUUGAUGUCUAUAUAUAUUUUUUUUAAACAAAUUUUUGGUGCAUGUUUGCUGGACAAGUUAUGCACACGUCAACAUUGAUCCAACAAGAUGCACUCUCAUGCACUGGAAUAGCUCUCUCUAACUUCGAUCAUUUUGACCAUUUUUUGUAGCUUCAUUCUGAUCUUUACCAUAUGGUGCUGGAUGGAGCUUCAGAAGAGGCACAACAGAGGGUGAAAGCCUCUCACUUUUUAUUUAUUGACUGUGUAUAUCAGCUGUUAAAUGCAACAAAAAUCAUCACAUACUCUUAAAAAUAUUCAUAAUUAUGCUGGGAUGCAUGGAUUUCAAUUUAUUUGGUAAUACCAUUGUAUGUUCCUUACUAUGUUGCACAGUUCCCUACCAGUAUUUGAGGCAUUUCAGUGUGCGUCUAAAUUAUUUCAUUGCUUGGUGCCUAUGCAUUACAUUUACAAGGAAGUACUUAUUUGUGUUAGUUUUGUACAUAUUUUCAUCCUGAAACCAUAGAAAUGUAGAGAGCCUUUCUUGUUGGUGAUGUUUUGGAUUACAUCUGUGUUGAUGGAAAUAGCAGAUGAUACUUCAUUUUUUCACAAACUAUAUGAUUAAUCAGGACAAAGGAACUAUGUUGUAAUUUUUCAAUAUUUUAUUCUUAAACCUGCUUCCUGGAAAUAUUUGUAUAUAGGUAUAACAUUUUUUAUUUCAACAAGAGUACUUUC